AUGUACCCAUUGUGUAGAUUGUUGGCUAGAGCUAGAGCAUACGUAGUAAAUCGGUCUUGGAAUUGCUUAUCUGGACCGAGCCGAGCCGGUUCAGGAUUUGAUCUUGGUUUCAACUAUACUCGGGGUUACAGCAAGAUUGGUUCCAACACUUAUCAUUAUUUGCUUUGCAAACCAUCUGGAGAGCCCAUUGGCACAAUAUUUCUGCUCCAUGGAUUCUCAGAUCUCUCAUAUGGGUGGCGAUAUCAAAUCCCUGCUUUGACGUCGCUGGGGUUCCAAGUUAUCGCCCCAGAUAUGCUGGGUUAUGGCCGCUCCAGCGCUCCCGUCGCACUUACGAAAUUCUCGUUGAAAAGCAUGUCUAAUGAUCUUGCAACAUUAAUCAACCGAAUUGUGCCUGGCGAGCAGGUCAUUCUUGGUGGCCACGAUUGGGGUGGAGCCAUGGUCUAUCGCACAGCACUCUGGCACCCUGAACUCUUCAAGGGCAUCUUCAGCGUGUGCACACCGUACUUCCCUCCCACCACAAGAUACGUGGAUCUAGCAGAUCAAAUCGCGGCUGGAAUAAACCCAACCUUCGGAUACCAGUUGCAGUUCCGCAACUCGACCUAUGACCUCUACUUUAAUGCCCCUCAUAGGAUCAGGCAGAUUCUAACGGCUUUUUAUGGAGGGCUUACUCCAGAUGGAAAACUCGGAUUUGACUCUCGUACAGGUCUGAUUUUCGAAAAUCUUCCUUACCUGCAACCAUCUCCCCUGAUUGGGGAUGCCGAUAUGAAGUAUUAUGUCGCCGAGUACUUCAAAAACAGGAUGAGGGGACCUAUGAGCUGGUAUCGAACUGCUGAGAUCAAUUUCAAUGAUGAAUUGCCACUAGCCUGUGAGGGGGCUGUCAAUUUUUCCAUCCCGGGGUUGUACAUUGGCGCUACCCAAGACACAGCUCUACCGCCUGGAUUUGUGUCUUCGCACUGGGCUCUAUGGCAAGCCAGUCAGAAUGUUAGCAAAAUCAUUGGAGAUUGGUGCGGAACUUCAACCUGA